AUGGCCACGCUCCCGGCCCGGCCCCCCUUCCUGCUCUGGGUCCUUGGGAGUCUGGGGGCGGCCGCCGGCUCCCCGCCCUCCUUGGCCGGGCCGAGCUCGGCCUGGGGGGCGUCGAGCCCGGCCUGGGGGGCCCUGACGCACUUGUACACGGCGACGGAGCGGAGCGGCGUCCACCUGCAGAUCCGCAAGGACGGACGCGUGGACGGGACGCCCCGCCAGACCGUCUACAGCGCCUUGUCGAUCAAGGCGGAGGACGCCGAGACGGUGGUGAUCACGGGGGUGAAGAGCGGGCGCUACCUGUGCAUGCAUCCCCGCGGCCACGUCUUCGGUUCGCACUCCUUCAGCCCCGAGAGCUGCCGCUUCGCGCACCGGCGGCUGGAGAACGGCUACGACGUGUACCUCUCGCCCUCGUCCCUCCUCCUGCUCAGCCUGGGCCGGGAGAAGCGCGUCUUCCAGCCGGGGGCCAACCCGCCGCCCCUCGCCCAGUUCCUGCCCCGCCGCAACGAGAUUCCUCUGGUCCGCUUCCACACCCCCGCGCCCCGCCGGCGACACACCCGACAGGCGCCCCCGGACGCCAACGACCCCUUGGUCAGCGAGGUGGUCCACGCCGUGGGGGCCGCCCGCCGGGCCCCGCCCGCGCCCCCCGACCCGGCCCACAGCCCCCGGCCCGACCCCGGUGACCCCGCCGGCGUCCUGCACCCGUGGCCCGCCUAUCCCCGCGCCCACCCCGCCUCCUAGCCCACGGCCGGCUGGGCCGGGACCCCCUCCUCACCCCCCAUCCCGCUCUCCCUCCCUCCACCGUGGCCCCUGGGCAGCCCCUUCCUCUUGAGAAGAUCGGGGCUCCCACCUGCCCCCGUACCCUGGCCCCCUGGGCGACAGCAUGGGGGGGGUUGCGUGACUCAGUGUCCCCCCCUCACACCCCCCGAGCUGCAGGACAGCAACCGGGGCACAGCUGGCGAACACAGACCACCCCCCAGCCCUGCCCCCUUGCUCACUGGUAGGAAUAUUUAUUUAUUUAUUUGGACGGUAGCGCCUAGCCCGGGUAUCUAUGGAUAUUUCAAAUGCUGUAUCGCUGUCUUCGACUUGGGGAGGCUUAAAAGGAGAAAUAAAUGCCGGCUCCCCUUAUUGGGCCCCUGAAGGCACCUGGA